AUGGCUGCUGCAAAUAAUACAGUCACUAGAAAACACGGUGAUAAUUUGGAAACAUUUUCUCUUCUUUGGCUUGAUGCAGAAGUCAAUACAAAAGAAGAAAAUAGGCGUGCUCAAAAGCGACUUCGUUCAAUCAUCAAUUAUCUCAAAAUAUUUCAGGAUCAAAAUGAAUGUCAACAAUAUAUUAAGUCUUGCUCUGAACAAGAUCGAAUCGUUCUUAUCAGUAGUGGACGAUUAGGCAAGGAAUUAAUUCCUCAGAUUCAUGAUCUUCGGCAACUAUCUGAUGUUUAUAUCUACUGUUGGGACAAAAAAGCAUAUAAACAUUGGGCUAAACAGUUUAGUAAAAUAAAAGGUGUCAUUGUUUCACUUGAUGAUCUCGUUCAACAAAUCACAAUGGAUCAAAAAGAUCGAGGAAAAGUAGAAGAACCAAUGUCUCUGAAUAUUUACAAUGCUAGUGGUAAUGUAGAUAAAUCAACAACUGAACUCAAUGGUCAUUUUAUUCAUUCUCUAUUAUUGAUUGAUGUUCUUAUUAAAAUGAAAUCUAGUGACGCUGACAAGAAAAAACUUAUUCAAUUUUGCAAAGAUGAAUAUUAUGACAACGAACCUCAACUGGCCGUUGUUGGUGAAUUCGAACGUGACUAUAAAUCUAGAAAAGCUUUAUGGUGGUAUACUCGUGAUGCAUUUGUAUACAGUAUGUUAAACAAAGCUUUACGAAUACAGAACACUGAAUUAUUACUAUUAUUUCGUUUUGUAAUUCGUGACAUUUAUCAACGACUAAAAAAAUAUCAAUGUGAAAACCUUGUGACUGUGUACCGUUAUCAAGCUAUGUCUCGUGAUGAAUUGAAUGCUCUUCAUAAAUCGAUCGGUCAAUUCAUCUCAAUUAAUUCAUUUUUUUCGACUAGUGCUGAUCGUGAUGUAGCAUUGAGAUUCUCGAAUCGUUCGACCGUUUCAAAUGAUUUACAUCGAAUAUUAUUUGAGAUUGAAGCUGAUCCUCAUGUGGUUAAAUCAAAGCCAUUUGCUGAUAUCACUUCACUCAGUUAUUUCCGUCAUGAGAGUGAAAUAUUAUUUAUGGUUGGAUGUAUAUUUCGUUUGAUCAAUGUUUAUCGAGAUGAUAGUGAAAAAAUUUGGAUAAUUAAAAUGCAGUUAGCGGAAAAUAAUGACGAUGAUUUGAAGAAGCUUUUCGAUCAAUUGAAAUCAGAUUAUGGAGUUGGCGAGAACGAAACGGAUCUUCAAACGUUCGGUAAUGUACUGCAAUAUAUGGGAAAAUAUGAUUUGGCAGAGAAAAUAUAUUCCGGCCUGCACGAUCAGUGUUCUUCCGACGAUGCUUCAUUUUCUCGCUUAUGUGUGUCAUUUGGUAGACUUUACAAAGACAGAAAGGAUUUUGAUCGCAGCCUACAAUGGUUUCAACGAGCAUUGGACAGGAGAAUUCGAAUAGAUUCAUCUGAUUUUGUCUAUAUUGGUGGUCUACACUGUUGUAUUGGGAAUAUUCAUAUGGAAAAGAAUGAUUUUAAUCAAGCAAUGAAAUGUUACAGUGCAGCAAUGGACUGCUACAAGCGAGGGAAUAUUACAAAUCAUCGAGAUACGGCUUCUUUGUAUCAUGGUAUUGCUCGUGUUCAUUAUGCUCAAAAGCAAUAUCCAGAGGCAUUGAACAAUUAUCAACGCUCAUUGGAUAUUCUACAACAGAAUUCACGUUCUACUCAUCCGGAUGCGGCUUUAAAUCAUAGUGGCAUAGGUGAUAUUUAUCGAGUUACUGGUCAACAUCAUGGUUGUUGUUGUCGAGCUUGUCGUCGUGAUCGUGGUGGUGGUCCUUGUCGUAGUUGUUGUCGUUGUCAUGGUCGUCUUUGUCGUUGUAUUUGUGCUUAA